UUUUGUAUCGGUUUCUCCCUCCCAGAUCCAGACCUUGGUUUUUUGUUUUUGCUCGAUUUUGAUCCUAGUAGCACGCUUUUUGUGGUUCAAUCAUCAAUUUGGAAAAGAUUGUCAAAAUUCACAGUGUAAUGUUGUGUGCUUAGAAAAUUCAAGAAAUGCCGCGCGAUGACGGGGCGGAGGAGAGUCGAAAGAAAACGAUCCUGUACAAGGACGACGUAAACCUGCCGAAUGAUAGGCGGCCAAAGCGCGUCAUAAUAUCUAAAUCUCGUUACAAACUGUAUGAACCACCGCAGAGAUCAAAUUUCUCGGUGUGCUUGGAUAACAUCAAACGGGAACGACAAUCAAUUAGCGCAGUAGCAAAUCAACCGACGACUAGUGGUAGAACACCAUUCCGGAAACCGGAACGUGGCUCUGAUGAGUUCCCUCAACCGGGACCUAGCAUGUUCACUUCUUUCGCCCGCCCUCAAAGCUCUAUGGUUCUGACCGAGAGAAGGAAGCUCUACUUCAAAGAUGCGCUGGUUGAAUAUAAGCGAAGACGUUCGACCGCUCCCAGACGUAUCAAAAUUAUUAAAGUUUAUGCUCCCCUAAACUGGGAAGAAGCAUUUGAAGAAUCGGUAAAGAAACAUACACCCUCCAUAAGCAUCGAAAAUCCUUGGCGGCAACCACGGCUGCAAUGGCUGCAAGAUUUGGAAAGUGAACCCCUCAAGCUGCCGAGGGAUCAUGAUGAACCUGAAACUCCAUGCUGUCCACUCUUGAUGUUCACGUUUCGUAAGCGUAAGAGUAAUUGAUUUGCUAAAACAAAA